AUGGGUAGCCUAAACCACAACAUUUCCAAAAGAUGGAAGAAGCUAAGCGGGCAAGAUAAGUGGAAGAAGAUGUUAGACCCACUCAACAUUGAUCUCCGGCAAUACAUUAUCCAUUACGGCCAAAUGACUCAGGCAACAUAUGAUGCUUUCAACUCCGAUAAGGCGUCGAAGUAUGCCGGAAGCAGCCGGUACGGGCAGUCGGAUUUCUUUUCGAAGGUGGGUUUAGAGAUAGCUAAUCCAUACAAGUAUGAAGUGACUAAAUUUCUCUAUGCCACAUCUUCAGUAGAUGUACCAGAUGCUUUUAUAUUGAAAUCUUUGUCAAGAGAGGCAUGGAGUAAGGAAUCAAAUUGGAUAGGUUAUGUUGCUGUGGCUAGUGAUGAAGGGAAAGAAGCUUUGGGAAGGAGAGAUAUUGUGGUUGCAUGGAGGGGAACGGUUCGGCCUUUGGAAUGGGCUAAUGACUUGAACUUCUUAUUGGUCUCUGGUAAACCUAUAUUGGGGUCGGGUUCUGGCAAGGUGCAUCAGGGCUGGUUCUCCAUGUACACUUCUGAUGAUCCACGGUCACAUUACAAUAACUCCAGUGCAAGAGAUCAGGUAUUGGAUGAGGUGAGAAGACUGGUGGAAAAAUUCAAGGAUGAAGAGAUCAGCAUAACUAUAGUAGGCCACAGCUUGGGAGCAUCACUUGCAACACUAAACGCAGCAGACAUAGUUGCCAAUGGAGUGAACAAGCCCAAGAACCAGCCCUACAAUGCAUGCUUAGUUACGGCUUUCGUCUUCGCCAGCCCUCGCGUUGGAGACACCAAAUUCCGGAAGUUCUGCUCCGGAUUAGACGACCUCCGAGUGUUGCGCAUCCACAACGUCCCCGACAUUGUUCCCAACUACCCGUUCUUGGGUUAUUCCGAUGUUGGACAGGAACUGUUGAUCGAUACUCAGAAGUCUAAUUACUUGAAGAGACCCGGCAAUGUUCAUACUUGGCAUAACUUGCAAGCUUACCUACAUGGAAUUGCUGGCACACAAGGGGCCAAAGGAGGGUUCAAGCUAGAAGUUGAUCUUGAUAUUGCACUCGUAAACAAAUCUACGGAUGCAUUGAAGGAAGAAUAUCAUGUGCCUGUUUCAUGGUGGGUUGAGAAGAAUAAGGGGAUGGUUCAAGUUGCUAAUGGUUCUUGGAAGUUAAUGGAUCAUCAAGGAGACAUGCAUAAAUCGCAUGUUGAGGAGCAGAGGCAAGGAAAUAUUCCAUAUAGACAGUUCGAGUUUGAGACUCAGUCACCAGACACUACACAGACGCAACAUUAUGGAUUUUUCGAGUAUCCAACUCAGUCUACCUAUUCACCAGAGCCAUACUAUCCACCCCCGUUGUAUGCUUACCCAUAUGAGCCGAGCAACCAAUCGUAUGAAGACAGUUGUCAAAGUGAAGAGAGUAGCAUCAUAUCUUUCUUCCAACAAUUAUGGGAGCCUACUCCACUAGAGCUUCAAAAGCAGUACCCACGUCAAUGGGAUAAUGAUGACUUUGACAACUAUACAUACGAUAGACCACAACAUUCGAUGUGGUGGGUCUUUUGCUUUCUUUGCUGCUUUUUCUACUUCGAUUACAAGUUUGUCUAUCGAGGGUUUCGGCAACGUGGACGGUUGCAGAAACUUGUGUGGGUGGGAUUUGAUGGUUCAGCUAGAGUUGAAAGACCUGAAUUCCUGAAAACAGGUGAUGAACAUUGUGAUUUGUUCAAUGGAGAGUGGGUUUGGGAUGAAGGGUAUCCACUGUACAAGUCCAAAGAUUGCAUGUUUCUGGAUGAAGGGUUUCGAUGUUCUAAAAACGGAAGGCCUGAUUCUUUCUACACUAAAUGGCGAUGGCAACCCAAAGAUUGCAAUUUGCCCAGCUUUGUCCGUGAACUUCCAGAUUCGUUCUGA